AUGCCAACCCAAAAUGUCAAGCAGACUUCAGGUCUUGAUUAUAAAUGUCAGCUUGAUCUUGGGUUGGCACAUUGCCAACCAGAGAUCAUCUACGUUUCCCCGAUUGUCAUGGCAUACUCUGUGGUAGCAUGUGUAGUGCCAGAAUCUCUGAUUCUCUUCAAACGAACAUGUUUCCUGUAUGACAACAUGGCCAAGCUCUUUGCUGUGGUGAAGACAAUGCAAGCGUUGGAGAAAGCUUACAUCAAGGACUGUGUCACCCCCAAUGGGUACACGGCGGCCUGCUCCCGUCUCCUUGUCCAGAACAAAGCUGCAUUCAAACAGGUGCAGGGCUUGGAGAUCAACUCCAUUGACGACUUCUGCCGCAAGUUUCGGCUGGAUUGCCCGCUGGCCAUGGAGAGAAUCAAGGAAGACCGGCCCAUCACCAUCAAGAAUGACAAGGGCAACCUGAACCGCUGCAUUGCAGACAUUGUGUCGCUCUUUAUCACAGUGAUGGACAAACUGCGCUUGGAAAUCCGGGCGAGGGAUGAGAUCCAGCCUGACCUCCAGGAGCUGAUGGAGACCAUGAACCACAUUAGCCACUUACCCCCCAACUUUGAGGGGCAACAGAAAGUGACCCAGUGAUGAGUGUGUCAUCCAAGGGCAGAGCUUUGGCUGGUCCCUGAGGCCACCAACCGGCCUCU